AUGGCUCUCUUCAUUGUCUUGGUGGUUUGUCUUUCUUGUUUGAUUCUUUUUUCUCUGUGGAAUCGAAGGCAUGCCAAAGGGAAGCUCCCACCUGGCCCCACUCCUCUUCCAAUCAUUGGAAAUAUGCUACAGUUAGAUAUUAAGAAUAUUGCCAAAUCCUUAAGCACUCUAGCAAAAGAUUAUGGCCCUGUAUUUACUGUGCACUUUGGCAUGAAGCCCACUGUGGUAUUAUAUGGAUAUGAAGCUGUAAAGGAAGCUCUGAUUGAUCGGGCAGAGGAGUUUUCUGGCAGAGGAAGUUACCCAGUGAUUGACCACAUUUUCCAAGGAUUAGGAAUUGUUUUCAGCAAUGGUGACAUAUGGAAGCAAACUCGGCGUUUCUCCCUCACGGUUUUGCGGAAUAUGGGGAUGGGGAAGAAAACCAUUGAAGACCGAAUUAAAGAGGAAGCCUUGUGUCUGAUAGACGAAUUAAAAAAAACCAACGGAUCUCCAUGUGAUCCUACCUUCCUUCUGUCCUGUGUUCCCUGCAAUGUGAUCGCCUCUGUCAUUUUCCAGAAUCGUUUUGACUAUGGUGAUGAGAAAUUUCAUACCUUGAUUCACUAUUUUCAUGAAAAUUUCCGACUUGUAAGCACUCCCUGGAUACAGCUCUAUAAUUUUUUCCCUAGUUUACAUUAUUUCCCAGGAAGUCAUAAUGAGUUCUUUAAAAUCAUUGCUAACCAAAAAAAGUUUAUUAUGGAGAAAGUAAAAGAGCAUCAAGAAUCUCUGGACAUCAAUAACCCUCAGGACUUUAUUGACUAUUUCCUGAUUAAAAUGGAAAAGGAAAAACAUAACACACAGUCUGACUUUACCAUGGACAACCUGAUCAUCACCAUCUGGGAUCUGUUUAGUGCAGGAACAGAGACAACAAGUACCACAAUGAAAUAUGGACUCUUGCUCCUGUUGAAGCAUCCUGAGGUCUCAGCUAAAGUCCAGGAAGAGAUUGAACGAGUGAUUGGAAGAGACCGCAGCCCCUGCAUGCAGGACAGGAGCCGCAUGCCCUACACGGAUGCUGUGCUGCAUGAGAUCCAGAGAUACAUUAACCUCCUUCCCAUCGACCUGCCUCAUACAGUGAUUCAGGACGUUAAGUUCAGAGAAUACGUUUUUCCAAAGGGCACAGAAAUAAUGGUGUCUCUGACCUCUCUUCUGUAUGAUGAAAAAGAGUUUCCCAACCCACAGAAGUUUGACCCUGGCCACUUUCUGGAUGAAAGUGGCAACUUUAAGAAGAGUGACCACUUCAUGGCUUUCUCAGCAGGAAAAAGAGUUUGUGUUGGAGAGGGCCUGGCUCGCAUGGAACUGUUUUUAAUCCUGACCAGCAUUUUACAGCAUUUUACCUUGAAACCUCUGAUUGAUCCAAAAGACAUUGACACCACCCCAAGUACAAUUGGUCUAGGCUCUAUACCACCCUCCUAUGAACUCUGUUUCAUUCCAGUCUGA